GAACCAGACAGUUUUUGAUCUUCUUUGGAGGAUCUCACUCUCGUCUCUUCUCUAUCUCUCUGCGUGGGUGAAAUUUAGAUGGCUGGAGUUGUGCGAUUAUCAACGACGUCGGUUCAGACCCUUGGCGUCUCUUCUCCGCCCUUCACCUCCUUUGCAGCCACUCUCAGUUCUCCUUGCUUACCUCCUCCUACUCCGAAUCUGAAUUCCGACAAGAGAUUGCGUCCGCUCUCAUCUUCUCCCUCGUGCUCGUCUCCUCAUUACCCAUCUUCUGGUCUUAGAAGCCUUAGCCUCCUUAGACGUCCCAACAGCAAAGUGGUUCGUGUCAAGGUAGAUGAGAGUGUGGCCGAGACAGAGCCACCUAAAUGGUGGGAGAGGAAUGCUCCAAACAUGGUAGACAUUCAUUCCACCGAAGAGUUCUUGAAGGCUUUGAGCGAAGCGGGUGAAAGACUAGUGAUUGUAGAGUUCUAUGGAACUUGGUGCGCUUCUUGUAGAGCAUUGUUCCCUAAGCUUUGCAAAACGGCGGUGGAAAAUCCCAAUAUAUUGUUCCUCAAAGUAAACUUUGAUGAGAAUAAACCAAUGUGCAAGAGUUUGAACGUGAAAGUGCUUCCUUAUUUCCACUUCUACCGUGGUGCUGAUGGCCAGCUCGAGUCCUUCUCAUGUUCUCUUGCUAAGUUUCAGAAGAUAAAAGAUGCCAUCAGACUACACAACACUGAUCGUUGCAGCAUCGGUCCAGUCAAGGGACCUGAAGGGUUUACGUUGGAUUCUUUAUCCGUCCAGACGAAUGCAGCCAAACCAGCUGGAUCGAGUUGAAAUGCCAGAUACUGAGCUUAAUAUUCUGUACAUCCGAGAUCUUCUGCUACUGUAACAAUCUUUGGUUGCUGAAGCAAAUACUGAGCUUAAUAUUCUGUAUAUCAGUAAUUUUUUUGGUAUAAAUGGAUAACUCCUGAAGCAUGUUAAGAUUUUUUUUGCCAAUAGGCAAAUUGCAAAUGUAUCAGUUGCCACUGGUCUUUAUUGCUACAAACUACAAAGCGUAUAAGUUA